GGGUGUGGGCGCGGCGGGUCACGUGACGGGGCUGAGCGGAGGGGACGGAGAGCGAGCCAGCCCAGCCGCCUCCAUUUUGCUGUGGCCUCAGCUGCCCCUCGCUCGGCGCCCGCGGGGAAGGCGGCGGCGAUGGUGUUGCUGCCCGUGCAGUGAGUGCGGGGCGGGGGGGCCGGGGCCGCUCGCUGGUGACGGCGCCGCUUGGAUGCGGGGCUGGGAUCGGGGCCGCUGCGCGAUUCUGCGGUGACAAGAGGCUGGAAUCGCCCGCGCCCCGAUCUCCGCUUCACCCCCCGCCCCCGGACCCGCUUCUCCGGCAGGGGGGGCAGCGCUGCUGAGAGAUGAAGGAUUUGGGGGCUGAAGAACAAAUGAGCAAUGAAGCUUUCUGGCUGUUCAAGCAGUUAAAUCUACAUUUGGAGCAAGAAUGGAAGUUUCAGCCUCGGGAGAAGGGGCUGAGCCUGAUUGAGCGCACUGCUGAGAAUGAAAACACUUUAUGUCCAAGACUAAGGAAUGCCAAGGUUGAAGAUCUAUGGAGUCUGACCAGUUUUUUUGGAUUUACAACUGAAACUUUUGUCCUGGCUGUCAACAUUAUGGACAGAUUCUUGGCUCUUAUGAAGGUGAAACCUAAGCAUUUAUCUUGCAUUGGAGUCUGUUGUUUUCAACUGGCUGCCCAAGUCAUUGAAGAGGAAUGCAAUAUUCCGUCCACUCAUGAUGUCAUCCGGAUUAGCCAAUGUAAAUGCACUGUUUCCGACCUGAAACGGAUGGAAAAAAUAAUUUCGGAAAAACUGCACUUUGAAUUUAAAGCUACUACUGCCUUAACCUUUUUGCACUUGUACCAUACUAUUGUACUCAGUCAUACCUCAGAAAGGAAAGAAGUACUAAACCUUGACAAAUUGGAAGCACAGCUGAAAGCUUGCAACUGCCGAUUAAUCUUCUCUAGAGCAAAACCAUCCAUAUUGGCCUUGUGUCUUCUCACUCUGGAAGUUCAGACUUUAAAAUCCAUUGAGCUGUUUGAAAUUGUUCUGCGUGUUCAAAAGCAUUCAAAGAUAAGUGAUAGUGACUUACUCUACUGGCGAGAGUUGGUUUCAAAAUGCCUGGCAGAUUAUUCUUCUCCUGAAUGUUGCAAACCAGAUCAUAAGAAGUUAGUUUGGAUUGUUUCAAGACGUACAGCCCAGAAUCUACAAAAUAGUUACUGCAGUGUUCCUGAGUUGCCAACUAUACCAGAGGUUGGAUGUUUCAAUGAAAGUGAGAGUGAAGACUCCUGUGAAGACAUGAGCUGUGGAGAAGAAAGUCUUAGCAGUUCUCCUAGUGAUCUAGAAGGCAACUUCUUCUUUGACCUCAAACCUAAAUCUAAGUGGAAAGCUCUCAACUGUCAGUCUUAGCAAUUUGAUUGCACUAGAGUACAAUUUUUAAAUGUACCAUAGGUUUUCUUGGCAAUAACAAAUGAGUAGGUAGUAUCCAGGCAAGAGUUGCUAUGGAAUACCUAAGUGCUUAUAAUGCCUGCCUUUUUUUAGAAUUCUGAUUUAAGCAGCCAUUUAGGUGCCCGUUCAGCAAAAUACUUACACAGCCAUAGUCCUGUUGAAGUGGACUAUUCUUGUGAGUAACAUGAUGCAUGUGGACAAGUACCUUGCUGAAUUCGGUCUCACAGCAUAAUGGGCUAGUAUUUCAAAUGGUAAAACCGCUUUAGAGCGCACACGCAAUCUUCAAGAAAAGAGGUUGUAUGUGUUCUAUUGUACUCAUUUCUUUUGGGGCAGGAACUAUUUUAACCAAAAUUAUAUAUUUUGAUGGUGUACUCUAAGGAUUUUAAAAUCUUUGCUUUUUAAACUUCAGGAAUCCUUGUUUGAUUAGGAGUAUGCAUGAUCUAUUUUGGGAGGAAUAUAGACUUAAAUACCUUUAAACCCAUUCAUACGAAUGAUAGUCUAGUAUGUAUGUGCUGGGGUUUAUUUUAGUAUUUUCAUUUUAAACUAAUGCAGAAUAAGCUUAUGCUGAAUUUUAUAAUAUGAACUUCAAUGUUUAAAAUUUGAGUGUGAACAAGUCAAUUCAUACUAUUAGACUAGAAGUAUUAACAUGUUCAAUUUUAUAAGUCUACAUUCCUUGAAAUAUUUAACCCUUGUAGUUGAUUUCAGUAUUCUUCCACUGUCAAAUGACUAAAUCCAUAAUCAGACUGGUUUGCAUGCUUAUGUGAAAGCUGUUAGUGCAAGAAGAGUUGGUAUUAUGCAGAAAUGUCAGGUAAAUGUGAAGUUGAUAAAGUGGUUGAUAUAAUGGCAGAAACUUGGUAAUUUUUUUGCAUUUUUGUUAAAGCACACAGAUUAGUAUGAUUGCAUUUCACUCGAGUAUGGACAGCUAGCAAAUGAGGAAAUUCACUCUAUAGAAUAACGGUAAAUGUGUGGUAGUGCCAACAUAAAAAUGAAGGGGCAAAAAAAGACAAGCUAAAGUUUAACGUUUGUAGAAGUAAACAUCUUUCUAGGAUGUGUGCGGAUGUGAAUGGUGAUGUAAGUUCCUGAAUGUUAUAUGCUUUCAGUUUUAUAAACUUAUACAAACGUUUACAAAAUGUAUUAAAAAAAAAUGUAAAUUUUAAAAAUGUACAGAAAAAUCUUAACUUUAAAUGAACAAAAAAGUACUGUAUUUUUUUACAUUGUGUAUGUAACUCUGUAGGUAGCUUGCAUGUGAAUAUUAAUUUAUUGUGUAUUCUGUAUGAUACAAAUACUGUCUAUUGAAGUCUUGCUUUUUCUACAGCAGGCCUCAAUAUCCAAGAUAUUUUCUGAACCCAGUCUCUGUUAAAGGUUAUUAAACCUACUGUUUUGCUUCAGUUCAGAAUAAAAAUAAAGCAGUUGUAUUUCUGUUUGUGUAAA